AUCUAUUGGCAUGUAGCGACCAAAAACUUGAUAAGGCUUAACUUGUUAGGGAAAGCCCAAUUUGUUCUUGUCUAUAUGUUUAUGCGAAUUAGCCCAAUUUAAAUGUAUGCAGGAAAGCCCAAAGUUGGGUAACUCAGAACUCAUAUAAGCAAUUGGAUUGAGUUUCCAGCCAUCAUAUAAAUAACAAUUAACACUCAAACCCUAAUCUCCAUCUAGGGCUUGCACAUUCUCGCGGAACAGCAAAUUCUCAGAUCUUCUCUUCUCUAACCGUAAACAUGGCGACUCAGAUGAGCAAGAAGCGAAAGUUUGUGGCUGAUGGAGUGUUCUUCGCGGAGUUGAACGAGGUGCUCACUCGUGAGCUGGCGGAGGACGGCUACUCCGGCGUUGAGGUUAGGGUUACUCCAAUGAGGACUGAGAUCAUCAUUCGCGCUACCCGCACCCAAAACGUUCUAGGAGAGAAGGGGAGGAGGAUAAGGGAGCUCACCUCGGUGGUGCAGAAGAGGUUUAAGUUUCCGGAAAACAGCGUGGAGUUGUACGCUGAGAAGGUUAACAACAGAGGGCUUUGCGCCAUUGCCCAGGCCGAAUCCCUUCGCUACAAACUCCUUGGCGGUCUUGCUGUCAGGCGUGCAUGCUAUGGAGUUUUGAGAUUUGUUAUGGAGAAUGGAGCAAAGGGUUGUGAGGUCAUAGUUAGUGGGAAACUUAGGGCUCAGCGGGCCAAGUCCAUGAAAUUCAAGGAUGGGUACAUGAUUUCUUCUGGUCAACCAGUGAAGGAAUACAUAGACUCUGCUGUUAGACAUGUUCUGCUCAGACAGGGAGUACUUGGUAUCAAGGUCAAGAUCAUGCUUGACUGGGAUCCCAAGGGAAAGCUUGGCCCGGUCACUCCUCUUCCUGAUAUCGUCACGAUUCACCCUCCCAAGGAAGAAGAAGCUUUCCGGCCAACUUUGGUGCCAACUGAGGUUGAGGUGCAAGUGUAGAGGGCAUUCAGAGAUUUGGACAAGUUUGUUUUAUGUUUUUUGAGUGUCUUUGCAUAUCCUUUUGACAGAAGAGAACAGUGAGCAUCGAAGCCAAUUUUUGGAUCUUGUUAUAACAAUUUUGUUAUGUUGAACUAAUUGUUUGUUAUGAGAGAUCUAUCUAUCUUAUCCUUA